CAAUAAUAACGCCAUUACUACUACUAAACCAAAAUCGAAAAAAAAGAAAAAACAAGUUGCAUAUUUUGUUUCUCGUGGAGUCGAGAUUUUGGAUACAGGUGAUGGAACUGUAGCAUCACGGCGUAAUGUCUGUAUAUUGCAUAAAUUAAUAUAUCCGAUACGAAAAGGAGUGGCAUUUCGAUUGGAGCAAGUAAGAAAAUAUCAACAUGAAGAUUAUCACGCAAACUCGUGGCUUAUGAAAAUCUCUUCUAAUGGACGAUACCUUAUGGCUCCUACCAUGACUGGUCAAGUGAUGGCAUUUAAUUUGAGGACGGGAAAAGUAUCUGCAAUUUUGCGAGAUCACGAAGAAGAUCUGGAGGUGCGAGAUGUCAUAUUUCAUCCGUGGAAACCUUUAUUAUUUACUUGUGCAGAUGACGGGUGUGUAAAAGUAUACACCUACAAGGACAAGCAAAGCAUCAUCGCCACCUUUCCUUCAAUAAAGGUAAAAAUCAAAAAAGAAGAAUUGCAAAAAAGUAUCGCAGAGUUGAACUCUAUUCAUGGAUUAAAUAUUGAUCCGGAAUUAAUUCCUAUUGUGAAAAUCGAAACAGCAUUCGCGGAAGGAGAGACGGAGGUGGAUAUUGAUAAUUAG